AAUCUGAUUGAUACCACGUGGCUACACGUCUUUCAUAAACGAAUACGAAGACAAGAAAUACAGUUCGUUUGAAAAGAAGAAAGAUAUCUGGAAAGUGGACAGUAUUCUUAGCCAUCGUGCAGAAGCCAUACCACUAUCUGGCGACAAAAUCAUACAUUUCAAAUUUGUACUUAGCCCCACCGUAUUUCUCUUGUAGGGUUUCCUGUAUUUCGAUCAAUAUUAGUCACAAUCUCCCAAUUCUCCUUUAAAAUGCUGUUGUUUUGUCGUAGGAAAAGACCUUUGUACAUCUUCUUGCUGAGUUCUUGUUCUUGUCCGAGGGCUUUGGACCAAUGUAAUUCAUGGCAUGGUGGAUAAAUCGAGCCUAUUUAUACAAUUUAUCUUGCAGUGAUAUAAUUCACGUGGGCCAAAUCGCAACAAGAAUCGUCAGACAUCUAGGCGAUUCGAAAUCUUUUCAGGUUUUUGGCUGUAGAAAAUGACUUCAAGGAACACUAGUUCUAUGUCUGUUUCAAGGUCAUCACCUAAGGUAGAUGGUGGAGACUGCAAGAAAAUAGAGGAAGGAGAGCAAAUCAAUCAGUAUGUUGCAAUUGUUACCUCUACUAUAGACCAGCUGAAGACACAAGUCCAAGCUAAUCGAUCUAUGCAUGUAAAAGAAAAAAUAGAAUCCAAUGCUAUACAACUAAAAGCAUGUACUGCUUACCUUCAGUCACUUGCAGAUACCAGGCAGGUACCAAAUGCGAUUGAGAAGGAUGGUAAUAAGGACAUGUUUACAUUGAGAAUAGAAAGUGCUCACUGUAAAUUAAGUGAUUCUGAUCAUAUGUUGGGAGACAAGGAAAAUGUAAAUUGUCAAGAAGAAGGUUCUAGUGCAUCCUCAACAAUUAUUUAUGCAAGCAGCUCUGGGUGCAAGAGUAUUGUUCGAGCAAUUAAGCUUCCAUUUGUGGAAAGGAUACCGCCUUAUACUACAUGGAUCUUUCUUGACAGGAACCAAAGGAUGGCAGAUGAUCAGUCAGUUGUUGGAAGGAGGCGUAUUUACUAUGACAAAUGUGGAAAUGAAGCAUUGGUUUGUAGUGAUAGUGAGGAGGAGGUUGCUGAAGAGGAAGAUGAUAGACAUGAGUUUACUGAAGGGGAUGAUUUUGUUUUACGAAUGACAAUACAGGAGCAUGGGCAAUCCCAGGCAGUGUUCACAAGCCUUGGUCAGUGUAUUGAAGCCAAACCUUCUGAGCUUGAGGCAAGAUAUAUAUUUCUUACGGAGCAAGACAAGAAGAAACAAGUGAAGAACUCUGAAACUGCUGCAGCAACUGCAGAAAAUAUAGCUUCUAGUGAUGACAUAUUUCUUGGAAAGGAUCUAGAUGCUGCUUUGGAUUCCUUUGACAACUUGUUUUGCAGACGUUGUUUGGUUUUUGAUUGUCGGUUACAUGGUUGUUCUCAGGGUCUCGUUUUACCUAGUGAAAAACAGUCACCAUGGAGCAACCCUGAAGAAGACAACAAAACACCAUGUGGGAUCCACUGUUAUUUACUGGCACUGAAAGCUACGGAAAACAUCACUGUUGCAGAUUCUUCUACUCCUGAUGCUUGUGAGGUGAUGCCUCUUCGUGGAACUAGAAAAGAUAUCUUCAUGGAAUGUUUUCCAAAGGAAGGUUCAGGUGCAAAUAGUAGCUGCACAGGUGUUAAAAGGCCAACAACUGUCAUGACUGAAGGUGCUUGUUCUGGUGAAGAAGUUACAGCUGAGAGCAAUCAAGGAGACUCUAAUGCUGGAAAGGAAGCAUCGACUUUGCAACAUGCAGAGGUUUCUAGGAGAGGUAAAAGACGAAUAAAACGUGGAGGUAUUUCAAGGAAAGAUUAUAAGAGAACUGCUAAAGAAGUAUUAGUUUCCAUGAGGAAAAGACAAAAAACAAUUGCAGUUUCAGAUAUGGAUACUAUUGUCAGUGGAAGUACCCCACCUUCUGAUGUUAAUUUCAGCUCAAACACAAGGUGUUCUGAUAGCAGUAAAUCCAAAAUCUCUCAAAAGAAACUUUUCAGGACUAUUUCAGUCACAAAACGAUCCAGAAAACAAGAUUUAAGCAAUAUAGAUGAUGAUCAAGCACAUGAUAUAAAGGAGGAAGAUGAAGAAGGGGAUGAAACAAGAUCUGUAAAUGACAUCCAAUUUGUUUCAGUAGAGAAACAUGGAAAACGGGGUACUUACAACAAGGAUACAAAGGUAGAAAUAAGUGCUGAUAAGCAUUGGGAUAAUGGGUGGAGUGCAUUAGAGAAGGGGUUAUAUUUUAAAGGCAUUGAGAUCUUUGGAAAGAAUAGUUGCCUGAUAUCACGAAACUUGCUAAGUGGUCUUAAGACAUGCUCAGAGGUAGCUGAAUACAUGUCCCGCAAUGGGUCUAUUCUGCAAUAUGGUGAUUUACGAACUCUUCGGUCUGAUGGCAGUGGGAAGGCUGAUUGUAUGGAUACACUUCAGGAGAUAGAAGUUCGUACAAGAUCAAGAUUCUGGAGGAGGAGAGGAAGAGUGCGCAGAUUAAAGUACACAUGGAAGUCCGCAGGCCAUCCUUCAAUCAGGAAAAGAAUGGCAGAUGGGAAAGGACAGCCCUGUAAACAAUAUACUCCAUGUGGUUGCCAACUAACAUGUGGAAAGCAAUGUGCUUGUCUCCGGGGUGGAACCUGUUGUGAAAAAUAUUGUGGUUGCUCAAAAAGUUGCAAAAAUCGUUUCCGAGGAUGUCAUUGUGCAAAAAGUCAAUGCCGAAGCCGGCAGUGCCCUUGUUUUGCUGCUGGACGUGAAUGUGAUCCAGAUGUGUGUCGGAAUUGCUGGGUCAGUUGUGGAGAUGGAUCUUUUGGUGUUCCACCUCAGAGAGGAGAUAACUAUGAAUGCAGAAACAUGAAGCUUCUCCUGAAGCAACAGCAACGAGUGCUGCUUGGAAAAUCCGAUGUUGCUGGUUGGGGUGCAUUUUUAAGGAAUCCUGUAAAUAAACAUGAUUACCUUGGAGAGUAUACUGGAGAAUUGAUUUCACAUAAAGAAGCUGACAAACGUGGAAAAAUCUAUGAUCGUGAGGAUUCUUCAUUCCUAUUUAAUUUGAAUGAUCAGUUUGUUCUCGAUGCAUAUCGGAAAGGAGACAAGUUGAAAUUUGCCAAUCAUUCACCAAAUCCAAAUUGCUAUGCAAAGGUGAUCAUGGUUGCUGGAGAUCAUAGGGUAGGCAUUUUUGCCAAGGAACGAAUUGCAGCUGGUGAAGAGCUCUUUUAUGACUACCGUUAUGAGCCAGAUCGAGCUCCCGUGUGGGCCAAGAAACCAGAGGGUUCAAAUUCAAGAAGAGAUGAAACAUUAGCUUCUCAUGGUCGGGCGAAAAAAAUUGCUUGAAGUUGAUAUUGCUGUUACUUUUGAAUUAAAUGUUGCAUAACAGACAAUGCCCUAUAAUCAUUGCAACUGAAGGUUAGUAUUAGUAUCUAAUAAGAUUUCAAUUUGCUCCAAGGUUUUUAGAUGUUUCUAAGAAUCUGAUUUUAUAAUUUUGGUAGUGAUAGAUGUAUCUAUGAUAGGUUUGACACAUACAUUAAAGUUUGAAGAAUUCAAUUUGUAAAAUAAUAUGCAAUAUGUGUGUGUGUGUGUGCAUGUGCACACUACACGUUGUUAUGUGAAUAUUGUAAAAUAAUAUGUAAUAAAUAUAUGUGUUAUGUCAAA